GUGAGGCUGUGGGAGCUCCUCGGUGCGCCCUCCUCCUCCUCCUCCACGAAGAAGAACCGCUGCUCCGCCGUGGAGCGAAAAAAAACCCGGACUCCAUGGUUAGGAGGAGGAUUUUUUAUAAGCGGGGGCUGAGACUGACUCCAUGCGUAAAUCCAUGCAUGUGAAGUAUUUCUUCUUGCGCGUGCUUCUGUGUAAGUGACCAUGCCGGAGUCGGACAGCAAGUUCUCCGUUAAGAGAGGCCUCACCUUCAUCACGGGCCUGGUGGAGUGCCUGUGUUUUGCUGGAGCUGUGUUCGGAUGGGCGUCUCUAGUUUUUGUUCUGAAGGAGGAGGGCUACUUCAGCUCCAUGUGUGUCAACACCACCACAGUCAAUGGAACCCAAUCUUUAGAUUGCAGCGCUCAAGAUGAACAGUUCUCACUUGUUUUCACCAUCGCCUCUUUCCUGAACAAUUUCCUGACUCUUCCCAAUGGGUUUCUCUUUGAUCGCUUUGGUACAACAGUGGCGCGGCUCUUUGGAAUAUUUCUUUACACGAUGGGUACCUUGAUGGUGUCUUUCUCUACUGCAGCUCUGGGUUACCUGCUCUUCCCAGCUCUUUCCCUCCUGGCUGUUGGUGGAAUUUUGUUUCUGAUGACAAACAUGCAGGUUGGAAACUUGUUCGGCUCACGGCGCUCCACUAUCAUCACUCUUUACAAUGGGGCCUUUGAUUCUUCCUCGGCACUCUUCCUCAUCAUUAAGCUGUUGCAUGAGGCUGGGAUCUCUCUUCGGGGAUCCUUCCUCUUUCUGUCUGCCUGCAGCGUCGCCCACAUCCUCAGAACUCUAUUCCUGCUGCCCAGAAACUUCAUUCCCUACCCGCUUCCUGAUCACUACACCUACGGGAUGAAUUGUGGGAAGUCAGAGACUGAGAGGACAGAAGUGGCAACAAACAGUCCCCAUAAAACAGCAGAGGAAGCACCACUCACCAAGGAUGCCCCGGUGAAACAAGAGAGGAGUUUCAGGGAGUGUGUGAUGUCCAGGUUCUUUGUCUGGCACCUGCUGUGGUUGUCAGUGAUGCAGCUCCGGCAUUAUCUGUUUAUCGGGACCCUCAACCCCAUGCUGCAGAGGCUGACCGCCGGAGAGUCCUCGCUUGUGAGCCAGUACACCAACGCCUUUGCUGUCACCCAGCUGUGCGGCGUGCUGUGUGCCCCUUGGAACGGUCUCAUUAUGGACAGACAUAAAAGCAAACCUCGUGCUGCAGGAGAGACGGAGCAGGAGGCAGACCUACGUGCCUCUGUGCUUUCUCUGUUCCUGACGGCGCUGCAGUGCGUGCUGUUUUCCGUGUGCGCCUCCAGCCCUUCCCUGCCGCUGCAGUACCUCACCUUCGUCCUGCAGGUGCUCAACCGCUCCUUCCUCUAUGGAGGCAACGCAGCUUUCCUGAGCGUAGCAUUCCCAUCUUGCCACUUUGGAAAGCUGUACGGUUUGGUCAUGGCCCUGUCCGCAGUCUUCUCCAUUUUGCAGUAUCCUUGCUUUGCUCUGGUGAAAGGGGCUCUGAACGGAGAUCCUUUAUAUGUAAACAUUGCUCUGACACUUCUCAGUCUGUUGGCCUUCAUCCACCCCCUGUCUGUGUACCUGCACUGUCGACGUCUCGCCUCUCAGCGAUCCAAGAGCAGAGACAUCACUACCUCCUCUUAAAGGUGGUAAAUUGACUAAAGUAGCCUUUUAACAUAUCAGCAUAUGCUUGUCAACACGAAGGAUGCAUUGAAUAAGAAGUUUAAACUGCCUGCAGAGUAUUCUAAAUGUUCCAUGAUACUGCAGUCAAGUUAAUACUUUAUUUUUUGAAAAAGGGAUUAAGCUUAAAGGACCAAAAAGGAAGAUUUUUGAAAUACCUGCCGUCACAGAUUUAUUUUUACUCGUUGAUAAAUUCAUUUUUGCUAGUUUUCCUAAAUGACUAUGGUGUUUUUUUUUCAAGUGUCUGCUAAAUGUUCGAAUGUUUAACUUUUCUAUUGGGCUUUUUGAAAAGAGCUGAUUGUAAGCUUUUCUUUGUGCCUGUAGCUCAUUUUUUAGUCAGUCAUGUGGUGUGUUAAUAAGCCCUUAGGGUUUUUUGGGUUGUAUUUUUAUAACUGUGUGAUUCAUUUUCUUUUUAUUUUUUGCAUAAUAUUUUAAAUUCUGACUGAAAGUCAUGCCUACGUGUGCUUUUUUUUUAUAUAGUCUUAAAUAGUCACUGACCAUUAGCAGGACAUUAUGGGGACAAAACGUGCCAAAAGUGGAGGAUGCAUUUUUACUGCAGCACCUCCUCUUGUAGUUAUGUUUAACAUUUUUUUAUGUCACAUAAUUGUUGAAUAUUGUGAAUUGAUGAGGGAUUGUAAACCUGUGAUGUUUAGAUCUAGUUGUAGCAUCUUCUUGGGCACCAGAGGAUGCAGAACUCUGCCACCUGCUGACCUCACGGGGAACUAUUAAGAAACUAACAGGCUGUACAAAUAUUAACCUUUGAAAAAGAUUAACCUGCACUAAUAAUAGUAUUUAUGUUAGAGCUCUUUUAUGUUUUUUUUUAAACUUGAAUAACGUUCAACGUUUAACGUUUACUAUUUUUAACAAGUCCAUUGUUGCAAUUAGUAUUUUUUUCAUAUGUCGUUAAGGGAAUUUAUGUUGAAACUUUCAGCCUUAUUGAUGUGAAACAGUGACACCUACAGACAGUGAAGAGUGCAAUUUUAGACCAUAUGUGUUUAUACUACACCUGGGAAAAUAAAAUUGGGAUUUAUUACUCA